AUGAGGGACCGUCUGAGGGUGAAAGAGAUGGAAUACAUGUCGCAACUGAAGCAGUUGCUGGCAAUUUGUGAAACGUUCAAAGGCAAUGGUUCCUCUAGAUUAGACCCAAUGAUGAAUGUCAGUUGUCAAACUGAUAUCAUUGCAAAUUCAUUGAGAUUAAUACUAGUCAAAUAUUCUUCAUUGCCAUUUUAUUCUGAUGCUUCAUUAGAUUUUACUGCAUUGUUAUCCGAUUUAUUGGAAGACAGAUCAUUAUUAGAUCAAUAUAGGUUAGUUUUGUUUACUGCAAUUGAUUUGAUAUUGAAUGAAAACAUUUCUCUCUUUAGAAUAGAAUCUCAUCCCCAGUUCGUAACCUGCAUUAUUAAUAUUUAUUCUAGAAUCAUUGAAUAUUCUUCUCUAGCGCUCAAUUCUUCUGAUGAGUUUAUAUCUUUGCAGAAAGAGUUUCAGUAUUUAUUCUCUACAAAGUACGAGAAUUUAGAUUCAAAUUUAUUAAAAUUUAACAACGUUCACGAUUUGCAUUCAUUUUCAAAUGGUCUAGUUUCUUCCUUUCCAGUUAGAUUGAAUGAGAUUGUCAAUAGAGGUUACUUUAUACUUUCAAUUGAGAAACUAAAUUAUAAAAAGAUACCUGUAGAAAUUUUCCAGCUCUCAAAUGGUCACUUGGCCAUAUUUAAAGUUGACUCAGAAUAUAUCCCUAGUGACAAAAAUGAUAUUCUUUCGAAUUUACUAAACAGCAAAUUUCAGAUUCUUAACGUUGGAAGGUCAUUGUUAUUUCCAUUUUUAAGGAAGAAUGACUUGGUUAUAACCAAUUUAUUAACAGGUGGAUGUAUUCUAAAGACUAAAGUUGGAAAUAAUAUCGAGUUACACAUUCAAUCUAUUAGCGAAUUAGAAUGGAAUAAAUACUGGAACCUAUAUUUCCAUAAAUUAUUCGAUGAAGACAACAUUUUACAAAUUGAUGAUACAAUAAUUACAACUUCGACCUUAAACAAAUCAACUCAUCAUUUGCAGUCCUUCAAAAUUAAAUAUGAUGAAAUCACCAAGCUAAGACCAGAAAACACAACAGGGUUGGCCAUCCAAGCACCCGCUGCCAGGUCUCUCAAAGUUAAAGGGUUAGAUAAUAAUGUUUCUAAUUUACAAAAAUCGAUGUUACAUCGCUCAAAGCCGUUGACAGGUUCUCUAUCGUCAUUAAUUGUAGAUGAGAUGAAAUUUCAGAAGUCAUAUACAACCGAGGAUUUAAGUAAAACUAAUAACAACAUCUCAGGUGUAGAUGCCGGAAUUUCAAUCGAAAACGAGAUUAAGAAUUUCAGACUAUCUGAUAAUAAUACAACUGAUGCUAUCAAUAACAAACAAACUAGCCUUUUGAGCGCAUCGAACAAAAAUUCACCAGAGAAGGUGAAUGAAGUGUCUGAUGUUGAUAGUAUUAUAUCCGAAUUAUUAGAUGAAAAUGAAGCAGGAUUGAUUUCUGAACAAAAUAUAGAAGCAUCUAUAACAAGCAGUCCAGAAUACAUCCCUUCAUUUUAUAAGAAGAAAUCCUCAUCUUUACUAAGUGUAUUUGCAAAGAAUAAGAGUAAGAAUAAAACUAGAAAGCUUCAAUCUAGUGACAACAUAUUGGACAAUAACUCUCCAAUUUUUGGUAGCUCAACUAGUUCAUCACUUUUUCAUACCGAGGAGGGAACUGGUACCUUAAACCCUGAUCCAGAGUUGAUGACAUCUUCCGUAUCUUCCAAAUACAAUUCAGAGCUUACGGAUUCUAAUCAAGACUAUUUCGAAGUUCCUGAUCAAUUUAGAAAAACUUCAUCUAAUACAGUUUUUGAAGCUGAUGGCGUUAAAUUAUCAAGUUGGACAGGGAAAGGUUGGUCACAAUUGGGCAACAAUUCCAAUAGCCUGUCAAUUAUAGAAAUUAUAAAGAACAAUUAUGCUUUAGUUCUGACAUGUAAUGAGGAUACUAAAUAUGGAAAUAAUGGGAUAUUGAUUUGCAAAAUAUCUGCGUCUUGGAAGUGCAUGAGAUCAACUGCCCAAGAUAUACAAUUCACAAUAUUAGGAGGUAAUAUUGUUUCCAGCAUUAUACCAAUACAGGAGAAGAACUUAUUUAGUAUAAGGUACACGAUGGCUGAAGGGCUAAUAAAUGUUUUAAGUCACUGUAUGAGAGGAAAUUUGCCAAUCUCAAACACAGUUUCUACUUUAUCUAGUUCUACUACUGCUGGAACACUUUCAACUGCAAACUCAUCAUACUUCGAUAGUAAUUCAUCAACUGUCAGCAACUCUUUUUCUAAUUUAUCGGAAUUGGGAGCAUAUGAUGAAGGAGUGAAAGUUUCAAAAAAUACUAAGGACUAUAAGACAUCUCUACUUUUGCCAUCUAUCAGAGUAAAAUAUCAUCAACAAACUAGUGAUAAUUACUGGAAGGCAAUGGGUACAGGCAAUGUAAACAUAUACUCCCAAGAAUAUCAAAAAGUAAAAAUUGCAUGUAAGUUUGAGAUAACUUAUGUUGAUUCUAAUAACCGGAAAGAAAAGAAAUCUUCAACGUUUGUUAGUUACCUGCACAAAAUUAAUAAAGUUGGUAGAACAGGUAUUUCUUUAACCGACUUUGCAACUAAUAAUUGUCAAUUGUUGGAAUUUCAAAAUCAAAUUGUUGCCGAUCAAGUAUUCAAAUUACUUUUCCAAUGA